AAAGUUUUCUCAUUCACACUCUGUCUUCCUCCAUCUUUCCCCCUCAGGGUGCUGUACAUCGGCCUGGCCUGCAACACAGCUCGCUACCUGUACAUCUCCUACCUGAAGAACGCCUGGACUGUCCUGCCCAUGGAGGUCCUUCAAGGUGUGACCCACGCCUCAGUUUGGGCAGCCUGUAUCUCCUUCCUGAGUGCGGCGGUCCCUCCGGCCCUGAGGACGUCGGCGCAGGGCAUCCUGCAGGGCCUCCACCUGGGCCUGGGCCGUGGCUGUGGAGCCAUGGUGGGCGGCGUGUUUGUCAACUACUUUGGUGCUGCAGCGACAUUCAGAGGGAUCGGCAUGGCCUCCCUCGUCAUCCUCCUCAUCUUCGCCUUCAUCCAGUGUGUGACUGGCGAGUCUGAGGGGAAAGAGGACAAAAUGCUGGCGGAGAACAUCCCCGUCCCGUCCAGCCCGGUCCCCAUCGCCACCAUCGACCUGGUGCAGAGCCAAGCCGCCGCCGCCGCCGGUAGCCCUGUCCCGGCCCGCCAGGUCGCAGCGCUGCCCGUCAGGAAGACCAAACACCAGGAGGACCAGGAGGAAGUGAACAAGCCGGCCUGGGUGCUCUCUGGCGCCCCCUGGGUCACCAUCGCCUUCGCUAUCGUCCAGAUUAAGGAGAUGAUGAAUCUGGCGAAGAGCGGCGCUCCGCCUACAGAGACUCAACCGCUUCAGGUACCUAAUGAGCAGGCGUCGGCUGAGUGCAAGGCGGUGGCAACAUCACACAGAAACCAGAGUGAUGACGGCACAGAAACACCCACACAACCAGACACCUCCCACCCGGCACCAACAGACGCAAACGGGGACAAAGACCAAACGCACCCGCCCUCGCACAGAGGAGAGGAAAACCCAGUGUUCGUGGCUGACGACGCACACUGACGUUCAGUCAAAACUGUAUCUGUGUUGCAAAAUGUGCUUGAAAUACGACCAGAAAACAUCCUGUAAUUCCGAAAAUAAGCUGCAGCUCAUAUUUUAAACGGUUCUAAGACUCAGACGCGACUUGUUUUAACAAAAGGGACGUUUGGGUUGAAUGUUUGGAGGUGCGUUUGCGCCUCAGAGGAGCAAUGUGCACUAUAUUUACUGCCCUGUGACGGUGGACUUAUUUAUUGACUUAAUUUACGUAGAAAUGUGACGAAAACGGGGAUUUAAUUGAGCAGUUUGAUUCUGUAAAACUUAAACAGCAUUAAAAAGUGACAGCUUCUCUACCAGCACAGGAUUAACACAUUAAAAUGCCUUUUUGUCAAGAGUCUCUGACACAAAUUUAGAAGUUUUUAAACUGAAUUAGUGAUUUUUUUUAUGCACUGAAAUACAAAAGUUCCCAAUCUUUUGCACCGCAGACCAGCUGACAGUAAAUUAAUGCACAUUUUUAAUCCAUGCAUGAAUAUUUUUCACUCCCACCACACAAAAAAUGAAAGAAAGUUGAUUAAAUUUGUUCCAAACAGUGACAAAAACUUCACUCUAUUGGCAGGAAUUAUUGCAGCACUACUGGGGAAUACUUUGGCCAGCGUGCUCAUGAAACAGAUAUUUAAUUGUAUUCUCUUCGGUAUUAAAAAGGUCUUGAAUGUAGCUCGUUAAAUCCUGCAGAAACCUGCUGCUUAAUUAUUAUUCGUCGUCUUUUGCUGAGUUUCCUCGCAGAUCUUGUGUGGCCUCAUGCGCUGGGAGCCGGUGUAACGUUGACAGGAAAGGGUUCAGAUUCUGUCACGUCUGUUAAAAGUGUUGCUGGAGAUAUAUUUUUAUAAUUUACAGGCGAAGCGGUGAUGAAGAAGUGCCUCUUUAAAACAUCAUUACUGUUCUAACUUAUUGUGACUGUUUGUCAUGCGAGGAUCCCUUUACAGACGGGUCUGAGGGUCUUUCUUAAACCCUGAUUCCAAUAUUUUUCUAUUGGAGCUGCCAAUAGCCGACACACUGUAUUUACUGUCUUUGUUUUCCAUUUCCAUGCCAAACUGUUCCCAGUGUUCUGCGUUAACGUCUCGUCUGGAUGGAGAAAUCCUCAGAGACAGAAUCACGUGAAGAAAUUCUGUUUGUUUUUUCUGUACAUUUAAUGAUUAAAGGAUGUUUUACCCUUUAAUACAGCACCAGUGCAUCUUAAUCUGACUGUUAUUAAAUGUUAUUAAAUGUUUAGUUCACAAGUAACUGUUUGUUUUAGCAGCCUCGUGAGAACCAGGAGCCUUUUUAUUUCACCCACUUGUCUGGGAUUGCAAAGGUCUCUUUAAGGUCUUCUCAUCCACUCCAUUUUCAGCCCAAUAGCCAGAAGAAAAUGUUGCUCUGUACGUUUCUGCAAACCAUGAAUUCAUUAAAUGUGUAUGUUUCUGAAAA